AUGGACAACUUGGCAACAAUAUACUCUGAUAAUUCUACUUCAAAUAUCUCAUCAGAAGAUAAUGUAACAGAAUCAAGUAACAGUACAUAUACUACUAAAGAGCAUUGGACAGAAGUGUUACAUGAAAAUCAGAUGGUUCGCCAGUGCAAGCAUUGCAAUAAGAAACAAUAUUCAGUUAAUACUAGUAAAUUUCAUUUAAAAAAACAUACAAUUUCAUGUACAGCACAGGGCAUAAAGUUCGGUUUUAAUAAACCUGUUACAAAGGAGGAUGUAGACAAUUCAAUAAUUGAUUUAGUUAUUAGCAGUGGAAUUUCUUUUAACAUUCUUAAUAGUUCAUUAUUUCAUAGAAUAGUAAAUAUGCUUCAUUAUGUGACAGAUACAUAUAAAGUUCCUCAUUCAACAACAAUAUCAUGUCAUCUCUCAGAAAGUAUUUAUGAAAUAAGGCUUGAAUUUAUUAAAAGUAUUAUAGCAGAAAUGCCAGGACGGAUUUCACUAACCUGUAAUGAAUAG